ACGAGGGGCAAGCGAUAUAUACCGAUUUAACCAUGGCUGAUCUUCCGACAAACAUCUUGUCACUCCCACCUGGCGCCAUACGAAAAUGCUUCACUCCACUAGAAAACAAUCCAGAAAUCAUGUCGGGCUUGGGUUGGCGCUUAGGCCUCUCUCGAGCAGUCAAAUUCAUUGACAUUUAUAGUAUUGAUGAAGCUGAAAUUAUCGCAAUGAUACCAAGACCGUGCUACGGCUUAUUGCUUGUCUUUCCGGUCAACAAAGCAUCCGAAGCUUUCCGUACCGAAGAAGACACGACUUUGCAUUCCUAUGACGGAUCUGGCGAGGAGGAGGUAAUAUGGUUCCAGCAAACCAUAGGAACCGGUUGUGGUAUUAUUGCACUCUUGCACUGUUUGCUUAAUGGCAAAGCUCGCUCCUUUGUCGAAGCCGAUUCGGAUCUUGGAAAACUAUACCAGGAGAUUUUACCAAUGCAACCUCUACAACGUGCAAAUGCGCUGUGCAGUAGCCAUGCGCUCGAAAUGGCCAAUGAACUCGCCGCGCGCGAAGGACAAAGCGAGGUCAUUGCCGCAAAUACAUCGAUGGACUUGCAUUUCGUUUGUUUCACAAAAUCAGGGAGUGACAAUCUCUGGGAGCUUGACGGUCGAAGGAAAGGCCCACUGAUCAGAGGAACAUUGAGAGCAGAGGAAGAUGUUCUUGAUGACGCUGCAUUAAACAUGGGGGUACGGUCGUUUCUUAGGAGAGAGGCGGAGAGUGGCUGCCAAGAUCUGAGGUUCAGUCUUAUUGGACUGGUGCCAGCCUGA